CUCCAGCUCCCGGAAGACUGUGCCAAGCAAUUCAAAGAGGUCAAGAAUCAUGCUUCCGGUGAGGAAACAGAGUUACUAAUAGAAGAGCUAAAGCAGAGAGAGGAGGAAGCAACAGAAGCUCAGCAACAAGCCGAUGUAAAGUUGCUCGAGGCUAAAAAACUAGCUUCGCAGUAUCAAAAGGAGGCUGACAAAUGCAGUUCAGGUAUGGAUACAUGUGAAGAAGCUAGGGAGAAGUCAGCCGAGUCGCUGCUCGGUCAAAGGAAAUUAACUGCUUUGUGGGAGGAAAGAGCUCGGGAACUUGGAUGGAAACCAGGCAAUGUCAAACCACACCGGAAUCAGUAACGAACACUGGAGGAUGGUGAUGAAUACAGCAUGCCAACCAAUAGAGAUCUCAUUACAAAUACCCUCCCUCGGUGAUAGAGGCAAGGAAAAAGGGUUUCACUUCUGGUGACCUUGCCUCACUUCGUGCCACGACGAGUUCCCUUGUCCAUAGGUAAUUUAUAUUGGGUUUGUCAGCAACGUCCAUAGCUGUUUGUCAGCAUUGCGUUAAAAUGGCCAUAGAAUGACACUCAUCACCUGUAAGUCUUUAAAGGGUGACCAGUUUCUUGGUUGUUGUUUAUGAAUUAUGGUAGUGAAGAAGGAAUUGUUCUUAUUUCUACAGAGUUGUGGAUUGGAUAGUUGUUGAUGAGUUGUGACAUUCUGUUUUCCCCAAAUUCUCAUGAUAUUUUGACUGUUUGACA